AUGGCGGGUCUCAAUGUUGGACUGGCAGGUCCGCUCUCCCCGUGGGUACACAGGGCGGCUGCUUUGCAGGGCGGAGGACCUUUUCCCCUGUCUCACUCCUCCUCUCUUCUCCCCCCACUUUUCUGCACCUCUUUCAGGAAACUUCACCUCUAUAGCAUGAGCUGGACCCUGAAGGAGGAUCUCGCGGAUUGCUUGGUGGCGGCCGCUCCCUAUGGAGGACCCAUUGCUUUGCUGAAAAACAAGAAAGAGAAAUCUCCCAGUUCCCGGCCACCUCUAGAAAUCUAUACUGCCUCUGGGGUCCUGUUGGCCAGCAUUCUGUGGAAGAACAGCCCGGUGGUCCAUCUCGGCUGGACGACCAGCGAGGACCUGCUCUGCGUCCAGGAGGAUGGCUCCGUCCUUGUCUACAGCCUCUUCUGUGAGUUCAAGAAGUGCUUCAGCAUGGGCAACGAGGUGUUGCAGAACCGGGUGCUGGAAGCCAAGGUGUUUCACACAGAGUACGGCACCGGGGUGGCCAUCCUCACAGGAGCCCACCGGUUCACCAUGGCCACCAACGUGGUUGACCUGAAGCUUCGGCGGCUGCCUGAGGUGCCAGGUCUUCAGAAACCCCCCUCCUGUUGGACCGUCCUGUGCCAAGACAGAGUGACCAUCGUUCUUCUUGCUGUCGGCCAAGACUUGUAUCUUCUGGAUAACACGACCUGCUCUCCAGUGACUUUGCCCGGGCUGAGUCCACAAGCCGGCUCCUACCUGCGGAUGGCUGUCUCUUUCAAUUACCGCUACCUGGCGCUCUUCACCGAUACAGGCUAUAUCUGGACUGGGAAGUCCCACUUAAAGGAAAAACUGGGCGAGUUCAUGUGCGAAUUUCGAGCUCCACCCAAGCAGAUGGCUUGGUGUACCCGGUCCAGAAGCAAGCAGCGCGCUGUGGUGAUGGCGUGGGAUCGGCGCCUCCUUGUGGCUGGGAAUACCGACCAGUGCAUCCAGUACUCUCUGGAUGAGGACUCGUACCUGGUGCCAGAGCUUGACGGUGUGAGGAUUUUCUCCCGGUCCACCCACGAAUUCCUUCAUGAGAUCCCAGAGGCCAGCCAGGAGAUUUUCAGGAUCGCCUCCAUGGCCCCAGGGGCGUUGCUGCUGGAGGCACAGAAGGAGUAUGAGAAAGAGAGCCAGAAAGCCGACGAAUACCUGCGGGAGAUCAAGGACCAGAAGCUGCUUCCGGAAGCGGUCCGGCAGUGCAUCGAAGCAGCCAGCUACGAGCAGGAGCCGGAGAUUCAGAAGUCCCUUCUCCGGGCUGCCUCUUUUGGAAAAUGCUUCAUUGACAAGUUCCCACCAGAGAGCUUCGUGCAGGCCUGCCGGGACCUGCGGGUGCUCAACGCCGUUCGGGAUUACCAGAUUGGGAUCCCGCUCAGCUUUGACCAGUACAGGCAGCUCACCAUUGAGGUUCUACUGGACAGACUGGUUCUGCGGAGGCUCUAUCCCGUGGCCAUCAAGAUCUGCGAAUAUCUGCGUCUCUCCGAGUUGCAGGGGAUUAGCCGGAUCCUGGCUCACUGGGCCUGUUACAAGGUAAGAGUCAACGGCAAGAAUUCUUUGCUGGCAAAAGUCUUGAAUGCUCCUCCUUUCUGCCCAGGCCUGGAGCCCUCACUCGGCGUGGAUGCUGAUGGGGCAGCGCUGCAGGUCCUGGAAUAUGGGGCAGGCCCACUUCUUGUUUCUCAGGCGGAAGGAAGCCUCGCAUGGCAUCCCCCUCAGGCCAUAAAGCUUCUGGAGUACGAGCCCCGAUCCGGGAAGCAGGUCCCCUUGCUGCUGAAGAUGAGGAGGAGCCAGCUGGCGCUCAGCAAAGCCAUUGAGAGCGGAGACACCGAUUUGGUGUACACGGUCAUCUUGCACCUGAAGAACGAGCUCAACCGUGGGGCCUUCUUCAUGACCUUGCAGAACCAGCCAGUUGCUUUGAGCCUUUAUCGCCAGUUCUGCAAGCAUCAAGAGCUGGAGACCCUGAAGGACCUCUACAACCAAGACGAUGACCACCAGGAGCUUGGCAACUUCCACGUCCGUUCCAGUUACGUCAACGAGAAGCGGAUCGAAGGGCGAGUGUCCAGCCUACAGAAUGCCGUGGACGAAUAUUACAAGGCCAAGAACGAGUUUGCGGCCAAGGCCACGGAAGACCAGAUCAAGCUGCUCCGGAUCCAGCGCCGCCUGCAGGACGACGUGGACAAGCCCUACCUGGACUGCUGCCUCCACGACACCGUCUACAACCUCAUCCUGGACGGCAACCACAAGCGAGCGGAGCAGCUGUACCGGGACUUCAAAAUCCCCGACAAGCGGUUCUGGUGGCUCAAGAUCAAUGCCCUGGCGGAGCAAGGAGACUGGGAAGAGAUGGAGAAGUUUUCCAAGUCCAAAAAGCCACCCAUUGGAUACUUGCCCUUUGUGGAGAUCUGCAUGAAGCACCACAACCGCCACGAGGCCAAGAAGUUUGCCUCCCGCGUUGCCCCCGAGCAGAGGGUGAAAGCUUUCCUCCUGGUGGGGGACAUGAGCCAAGCCGCGGACGCUGCCAUCGAACGCAAGAACGAGGGCGAGAUGAAUCUGGUCCUCUCCAAAUGCACCGAACCCACGCUGGCUGCCAAGAUCAACCAGGCCAAGGCUCAGCUUGGGAAGAAGUGAGCCGCCUGCACCGCUCUCUCUCUCUCUGUGCUCCUGCCUGCAGGGUGCCCGGGGGUGGCCGCUGAAUCCCAGGUUCUGAGGAAAGCCCGUCGGUCCAGCGGAGAAGUGCUGCGAAGGUGGUGGUCUGCGCCGGAAGGAGGAGCGCCCCCGUCUCUUUUUUGGCUGUGCUGGAAUUAACUUUGUCUCCUCAGGACUGCUUCCCCUCCCCUUCGUUUGGAUCCCUUGUUUGUGGGUUUGCACUGACUAUGGGAGGGCAGCUAUCCCAAAUGAAAGAGGAGUCACCCAUUCUC